UAAAAGCGCGUCUCCGCGGCGCUUCUCUUACUUUCCCGGAUCAGAAGUGCUGCAUGUCCCAGAGAUUCGAGGCCAAAACCCGAACAUCAUGUUGCGUGUCAGAUGCCUGAGAGGAGGAAGCCGCGGAGCAGAAGCCGCACAUCUCAUCGGUGCUAUGGUGGGUCGCGCGAUGUCGGGAUGGGUGCAGCGCGCGUUCCGCAGCACCUCGAGCUCCGCCGCCGCGCCGCUGCCGCUCACCGUGGAGGAGCCCGUUACUGAGCACGCGCCCGAGGAGUGCCCCGUGUGUGCGUACAACGAGUGGGACCCGCUCGAGGAAGUGAUCGUGGGACGAGCCGAGAACGCGUGUGUCCCUCCGUUUACCGUGGAGGUCAAGGCCAACACCUAUGAGAAAUAUUGGCCCUUCUACCAGAAGUUUGGUGGACAGACAUUCCCGAAGGACCACGUGAAGAAAGCAGUUGCUGAAAUUGAGGAAAUGUGCAAUAUUCUGCGUCACGAGGGUGUUACCGUGACCAGACCAGAACCGAUCGACUGGUCGCUCGAAUACAAGACACCAGACUUUACCUCCACAGGCAUGUACGCGGCCAUGCCGAGAGAUAUCCUGAUAGUGGUGGGAAAUGAGAUAAUCGAGGCACCGAUGGCCUGGAGGGCUCGCUUCUUUGAGUACCGUGCGUAUCGGCCCCUCAUUAAGGAGUACUUUAGGCGUGGAGCCAAGUGGACCACAGCACCCAAACCCACCAUGGCCGACGAGCUUUACGAUCAGGAAUAUCCUAUUCGUACAGUGGAGGACAGACAUAAGCUGGCUGCUCAGGGGAAAUUUGUCACCACAGAAUUUGAGCCGUGUUUCGACGCUGCAGACUUCAUCAGAGCUGGCACUGAUAUUUUUGUACAGAGAAGUCAGGUUACAAACUACAUGGGCAUUGAGUGGAUGAGGCGUCAUCUUGCCCCUACCUACAAGAUUCACAUCAUCUCCUUCAAAGACCCAAACCCCAUGCACAUCGACGCCACCUUCAACAUCAUUGGACCAGGGCUGGUGCUGUCCAAUCCCGAUCGACCCUGCCGGCAGAUCGAGAUGUUUAAGAAGGCCGGCUGGACUGUGGUCACCCCUCCAACUCCUCUUAUUCCAGAUGAUCAUCCGUUGUGGAUGUCAUCCAAAUGGCUCUCAAUGAACGUUCUGAUGCUGGAUGAGAAGCGUGUCAUGGUGGACGCUAAUGAGACGGGCAUCCAGAAAAUGUUUGAAAAUCUUGGCAUUAAGACCGUUAAGGUGAGCAUCCGACACGCCAACUCCCUGGGCGGAGGGUUUCACUGCUGGACGACGGACGUUCGUCGACGCGGCGACCUCCGGUCUUACUUCCUCUAGCCCGCCAGAGAGACGCAGUUCUUAUUGAGCUCAGCUCUGAGCUCCGGCGACGGACGGCUUGAUAGCGCUGUGCAUGUCAGGGCUUUAGCAAAUGAAUCGAAUGAACGUAAUGACUAGAAACCUCAGUGAUCUCAAUAAUAACUGCACCUCUGGCCGGCUGUUGUAAUGACUCCAGUGAAGCAGACAGAGCCCCUAAACCACCACCACACACACACACACACGUCAGCAUGACCAUUGAAUACAAGAGUUUCUACCUCCUUUAUACCACUUAGAAAAAGAUUAUGUUUUAGGACUUAUUAUAUAAUCAUUUUAAUGAAGUAAUUUUUUUACCCUACAUGCAGUGUUGUAGCAAACUCAGGUAUUUUUCUAGUCAUAUUACAGUUGUUUUUAAGACCUUUCUCAAAACUGUAAAUAUAUAAAUAGAUAUAUGUAUACAUAUGUGCCUUUGUUUAGGCAUAUAUAUUUAUAUAUAUACUGUUGAUGAAAGGUUUGGUUUUAUUAAUGAAAUUGAUGCCUCUAUUCAUCAACAAAACAUUUGAUUGUUGAAAAGUUGAAAAUGAUCUUUAUAAUAUCAGUUGUAGCUGUAAUGUCAAAGCCAGCUGCAUUAUUCUACUCAUAAAACACAUAUUGUUACCGAAAUCCUUCACAAUGGUGCUCCAGUCAGAUUUUUACUCAAAAAACAAAGCAUAGUAUUUUUCUACUACACACUCAUCAGUAUUUUCUGAGAAACAAAGCCAUGUCUAUGCACUACUGCGUUUAAAGAAACAUCUAACACAGGACAGAGAGAUAAGAAGAAGAUCAGAGUCUGUAGUGUGAGAGACAAAACUCAACGCUCAUCUGUCGUUCACACCAGGUCAAAUAAAUCCAAACUGCUUCAAUAAUAAGAAAAGAUGAUGAAUGAAUCUGAGUUUGAGUUGCUCAUGAAGGCCUGUAAGACAAACGCAUCUCUUCUUACCUGAAUAUCUUGCUAAACUGCUAGAAGGUCUGUAGAGCAUUUGAAGUGUGCUUGAAAACAGUUUGAAUGUCGUUUCUGGUCAAUUUAAUACAAUUUUAUCGGUGAAUGGAAGUAUGUUGUUAUAGUGAUAAGAUGCUAGUGUUUCCCUUAACCAAAAGUGUUUUGUAUACAUCUGCCUCUGUAGUCAUUCACAAUAGCAGGAGUCGGGACGCUACGCUACUCUCUCGUGUGUAACUGGAACACACUCCCAGCAUCCAGGGAACAUUUCGCCUGAUUUUAGUUGUUGUUUUUUGUGUGUUGGGUUUGUGCUUUGAUUGUAGUUAAGCUUGUGAAAUUACUCUUUUAUCGGCACAUGAUCCCGUGUCAGGUCAAACAAAAGUUGAAAUAAAGAUAAACUGGAAAUGA